AUGGCCAAGCUGGGAGACCUCGCGGCCUUCAAAGCCGCCAUUGGCCUGCUGAAAGAGAGGGGCAAGGAGCACAUUGUCAACGAAGUCUACCGCUUGUGCCGCGAAGAGCUUAAGGCCCCGCUGAGCUCUGGCACGACGGUGAACCACGUGCAGAAGAUCUACGAGUCCUUUACUCCAGAGGAGAUCUCGCUGCGCAUCGCCCAGGACGUGCGACCCGAGGACUGCAAGGCCAAGGUCCACAUCCUGUACCAGAGCGUGGAGGACCUCCACCGUGCGCUGCCACACCACAGCGGCGACUGGAAGCUCGGCGUUGCGUUUCAGAGCGGUGGGAGCGUGAUGCCUUUUUCAUACACCAACGCUUCAAGUAUGCGGGGCUCCCGCUAA